AUGGAUCAAAACGGGAUGAACUGCUCUAGAGAAUCUGAGGAAUUUAAAAGUGGUUUAAAUGCUUUUCUUGACGAUUCUUUUGCCAACGUUGCUAUUGAGGGACAAAUUUUAUGUCCUUGCAAAAGGUGUUGUAGGCGUUUUUGCUAUUCAAGGGAUGAAAUAUAUGAUCAUGUGAUUGUUAAUGGAUUUGUGAAAGGAUUUAAGGAUUGGGUCAUAAAUAAGGAAGCAUCUUCUUCUACAUGUAAGGACAACAUCAAUACAAAUGAAAGUUAUUGUGAUAAUAGUUUUGAUGAUAUUGAUGGAUUAUUGCAAGAUACUUUUAGAGAUAUGAAUGAAGGGUUAAAUGUAGGUGAAGAGAAUGCAAAUGGGCCAAAUGAAGAGGCUAGAAAGUUUUAUAAGUUGGUAGAAGAAGGAAAGCAAGAGUUAUAUCCUGGUUGUAAAACUUUCUCUAAGUUGUCUUUCCUUAUUCGCUUAUAUCUUUUCAAGUGUCUUAAUGGUAUAAGCAAUGUGGCCUUUGGUGAUCUAUUAGAGUUGUUGAGAGAGGCAUUUCCUAUGGCUCAAUUUCCUAAAUCUUUUGAUGAAUCUAAGAAUAUUGUGAGGAAUUUAGGUCUUGACUAUAAAAAAAUACAUGCUUGCCCCAAUGAUUGUAUUCUUUAUAGAAAAGAACUUGAAGGAGAUAAUAUAUGUCCUAAGUGUGAAACAUCAAGGUGGAAGUCUGAUAAAAUCCCUGCAAAAGUUUUAAGGUAUUUUCCUUUGAAACCUAGACUCCAAAGAUUAUAUAUGUGUUCUAAGACGGCUGAAUUAAUGAUUUGGCAUGACAAAAAAAGAACACAAGAUGAGUACAUUAGGCAUCUAGCAGAUGGCCAGUCUUGGAAGGACUUUGAUUCUUCACAUCGAACCUUUGCGAUCGAUCCACGAAAUGUUCGGUUGGCUCUUGCUAGCGAUGGAUUCAACCCAUUUCAGACUAUGAGCGUUGCUCAUAGCACAUGGCCCGUCGUGUUAAUUAAUUAUAAUCUUCCACCAUGGUUGUCAAUGAAACCUGAAUAUUUCAUGUUAUCUUUGUUAAUUCCUGGGCCUAAGUCGCCUGGAAAUGACAUAGACGUCUAUUUGCAACCUUUAAUUGAUGAGUUGAAGGAAUUGUGGGAAGAUGGGGUGGAGACCUAUGAUGCUUUUAAGAAGCAGACAUUCCAGUUACAUGCCGCUUUACUAGGUACGAUAAAUGAUUUUCCAGCAUAUUCUAUGUUGUCUGGAUGGGCCACUAAAGGAAAUUAUGCAUGUCCAAGCUGUAACCAUGAUGUAAGACCUCAUUACUUAGAUCACAGUGGAAAGAAUUGUUAUAUGGACCAUCGAAGGCUUCUUGAUAUGGGCCAUCCUUGGCGAAACGAUAAAAAAUCAUUUAAUGGAGAAGUGGAGGAUAGAGUUGCACCUUCUCCUUUAUGGGGUACUGAUCUGCUAAAUGAAUUGAAAGACUUUGUAAAUGAUUUUGGAAAGAGAAAAAAAGGACUUAGUAAAGGUAAAUGGAAAAAGAAGUCUGUCUUCCUGGAAUUGCAAUCUUGGGCUAAUAUUAAAUAUCGUCACAAUCUUGAUGUCAUGCAUAUUGAGAAGAAUUUCUUUGAUAAUAUCAUCAACACGCUCUUGGACGUUCCAGGAAAGACAAAGGACCACAUUAAGGCACGUCUCGAUUUGAUGGAUCUUAACAUAAAACCACAUCUCCACCCUUUUCCUUCAGAAGAUGGUAAGCGCUUGUUAGUGCCUCCAGCACCUUUUACAAUGGGUAAUGUGGAAAAGGAUUUAUUUCUUAAAGUUUUUAAGGACGCAAAGCUCCCUUAUGGUUAUGCAUCGAAUAUAGCAAGGUGUGUACAAGUUAAAGAACGAAGGUUUACUGGUUACAAAAGCCAUGAUGCGCAUGUCUUGCUACAUCACUUGCUGCAAGUUGCUGUCCGAAAGACAUUGCCGAAAAGUGUUGUUGUACCUUUAAUUAGACUGGGAAACUUCUUUCGUGGCAUAUGUAGCAAGAUUCUUUGCUUCCAAGAGUUAGACAAGUUGGCAUAUGAAGUUGUUGAAAUACAUUGUCAAUUCGAAAUGAUAUUCCCUCCUGUCUUCUUUGAUGUUAUGGUUCAUUUGCCUAGUCAUUUAGUUGAUGAAAUUAAAUAUGGUGGACCGGUGCAGUAUCGUUGGAUGUACUUUGUUGAGAGGUAUCUUGGUAAGUUAAAGUCUUAUGUCCGUAAUAGGAGUCGUCCAGAAGGAAGCAUAACUGAAGGCUAUAUGAUAGAAGAAUGCUUGACAUUUUGUUCUAGAUAUUUGCAUGAUGGUGUAAAGACUAGAUUGGAUAGAAGAUGUGCUAGGCAAUGUGAAAUGAACCAGAGUGAAGAUGAUUCAUCCUUUUUUCCAAAGGUAGGGCAUCCUAUUGGAGGAAAAAGGACAAGAAACGGAAAAGGAUUUUCUUUAGACGUUAUAAGUAAGAAGCAAGCACAUAGAUAUAUCAUCUUCAACUGCAACAAUACAGCUAUUGAAAAAUAUAUAGAAGAACAUCAACAGUUAGUAAAUAGCCAUAGGCGAAAGCGUAGAUGGGAUGAUGCUCAAAGUCAUAGCAACGAUUUUAUUGAUUGGUUCCAAGAAAAGGUUCAAAGAGAACAAGUUGAUGGCCAAUUGUUUUGGUUGGCUAAGGGUCCUAACACUAAGGCUAGGAGGUACAUGGGAUAUUUUGUGAAUGGUUAUAGGUUUUGCACAAAGGGGCGUGAUUCACGUAUAAAGACUCAAAAUAGUGGAGUCACUUUAAUAGCCACGACUUCAAGUUUUGCUAGUUCAAGGGAUCAAAAUCCCGUGGAUGAAGACGUUACCUACUAUGGUGUAAUAGAAGAAAUUAUUGAGUUGGAUUUUUGGUCUCAAUUUAGUGUCGUGUUAUUUAAGUGUCAAUGGUUUCUUGCAAAUGUCGAUGAGUUUGGGCUUACAUUUGUCAAUUUCAAAAAGAAAUGUUCUCAAAGUGAUCCUUUUGUGUUAGCGUCACAAGUUCAUCAGGUUUUUUAUGUACAAGAUCCACAAGAACAUGAUAUUCACUAUGUCAUGCAACGGGUUCCAAGAGACUUAUUCGACUUCGAGGAAGCAAUGAAUGAGGAAACCUAUUGGGAAGAAGCUAUGGAUUCUAGUGGUAGUGACAUACCGAAUGUGGAUGCAAGUGAUACUUAUUCAAGAGCUAGUGGUGAAGUAAGAUCGGUGGAAAUCACUUACCACGAAGAAGACUUUGAACAUGAUGAUACAGAUUGGGAUUGGAUGCAUGCUGAUACCGAUACUUGA